AUGUCUUCGGCCACAAACUCUGUGAAGCUGCACAAUCCGUUUGUGCCUAGCUCAUACGACCUGCACGUAAGCGUGGAUCUUGCAAACUGGCGGUACGAGGGCAAGGAGAAGGUGGUGCUUCGACGAUCUCCGGGCGUUGAGGCGUCGAGAGAGGUGCAACUUCAUUGCGGCAAUUCUGUCAAUAUCCAGUGUGUGACGGGUGCAGCCAUCGCGGGACGCGACGAAAAGGCGGGGACCCUGCAGCUGCUGCUGGAUGGGGAACCAGCGGAUGGACACACGGUGACCUUUGCGUUUUCCCACGAGAUUCGGGAGGAGAUGCGUGGUUUGUACCGUGCGGUCUUUAAAACAAGUGAUGGUGCCGAGCACAGAAUGGCGGCGACACAUUUCGAACCCACAGCCGCACGGCUAUUUUACAUCUGUCAGGACGAGCCGUCUGCCCGCGCGGAUUUUACCCUGCAUGUUUCUCUGCCGUCGAGCAUGGCGGGGUUCACGGUGCUGUCCAACGGCCCCCUCAAAUCAAAGGAGACUCAGGGCGAUACGGUGAUACAUCACUUUGAAACCAUCCCCGCAGUUCCGCCAUAUCUCACCUCCUGCUUUGUGGGGGAGCUUGAAUUUGUUGGGACCACCGCCUGCGGCAUACCUGUGAAAGUCUAUACUACCGUCGGGAAGUCAUACAAGGCCGCUUUUGCGCUUAAGACGACUGCCUUUGCCUUGGAAUAUUUUGAGAAGUUUUUCAAAUGCAAAUAUCCGCUUCCCAAGCUGGAUGUUGUGGCGGUGCCCGACUUCCCCAUUGGCGGGAUGGAGAACUGGGGCUGUAUCGCCUGUGUGGAGUCGAUUCUUUUGGAAGAACAAACCUCCAGCGUGGUAUCUCUGAAGCGAGCGGCGUCACUUAUAUGCCAUGAAGUCUCUCACAAUUGGUUUGGCAACCUUGUGACCAUUAAUUGGUGGGAGGGCCUCUGGCUUAAGGAGGGAUUUGCUUCAUGGUGCGGGUACGACGCCGCUCACCACCUUGAGCCGUCGUGGAAAUUAAACGAGGAUGCCGCCAUGGAGGUGACAGGUGCCCUCGUAACCGAUAUGUACGAACACAGCCAUCCGGUUGAAGUGCCUAUCCAUGACCCUGCAGAGAUCACGCAGAUAUUUGAUGACAUCAGUUAUUCCAAAGGUAUGGGGUUGGUCUUCAUGCUACAGGCGUUUCUCGGAGAAAAGUGGGCGGCUUCUGUGGCCCACUACAUCCAGAAGCAUCAAUACAGUGAUACACGAACAAUUCAGCUCUGGCAGG